ACCAAUUUCCUUCUGGGACAUGCAUAAAACUGAAAAACCUUUUUCAGGAAAAUCACUGGGAUCCCACCAUGGAUGUAGCCGACAUGCUCAUAGAUAAAAUCUUCCAGUGGGUGAAGCUGCAGAAAGAAGCUGCAGAGAAGUUUGACAAACUGGCCACUGAGCUGGAGGAAACCAAGAAAGGUUGCAACAUCAGCAAAGUUGUAGGCAGCUCAGUGUCUGUGGGAGGAGCGGCGGCCAUGACAGUUUCUGGCAUAUCAGCCCUGGUCACUGGAGGAGCUGCGAUCCCGUUCCUGUUCGCGGCUGGAGCCGUGGCCUCUGGCCUCGGUCUGACCACUAACCUGACCUCAGAUGUUGUGGACAUCACUGUGGCCAGCCUAAACAUGAAAGAAGCCAAACAGACGGGUGAGAAGAUUGAGAAUCUCGAAAAGGGGAUUGAGAAACUGAUGGAAACGCUAAAGGAGGAAGGAGAGCGGAGGGAGAAACAGGCUUCAUCUGUUGAGAAACUUUCUCCAGAAGAUUAUGUUGUAGAAAUGAUCGUGAGGGCCAUGGCCAAACGAGAGGGGCUGAUGCUGAACGCCAGGAUCAGUCUGCAGAACAUGCUGUCUGGUUUCUCCAAAACACUAAUCAGUGAUAAGGAGGCAGAUUUCGCUCUUCUUGGGAUUUCUUUAGCUUCCAAGUUUGCGAUGAUCGCAGCUAGAAAGUCUGGGAAGAGGUUGGUGUUAAAUGGCUUUCCAAAGCUGGCAGCAGCCAUGGGAGCAAAAGCUGCAGGCAAAGUAGUCGGACAGGUUGGCGCAGGAGUGGUUGGGUUGGCGUUUUCAGUUCCUGAGCUGGUGAUCAACUGUGUCGAUGUGAAUAACUGUAAGACUGAAGCCAGUCAGAGUCUGAGGAAGAACGCUGUGGACAUUCGGAAAGCUUCUGACCAGAUGGAAACCGACCUUAAAAACAUUCAAUCGAUCUUCCGGAGGUUAGCCAAGAUUAAACGCAGCAUUGAAACCAAAAACAAGAGCAGUGACGACCAUCAAACUCUGCUGAAGUUUGCACUGGAUACCUGCAAAGAUGAAUCCGUUAGGAAGUGGCUCAGGGAAAAUGCAGACUCUAAGAUCUUCUCCAACCUGGUGGACAUGUUCCAGUUCAAGAAGGAAAAGCUUGAUGAGGAAGAGGAGAAGAACCUAAAGAUAGCUUCUGGAAGAAAUUUGAGAGGCUGGAAAGCAGACAUGGCAACCCGGGAAGAAACCAUAUCCUCAUCCCAUUGAUCCUCCCAGAACAAGAUGAUGAAGAUGAUGAAGACAAAGCUUUCAAAGCCAUGUUCGGUUGAACUCUGAGACAAAAUGGCUAUGUUAUUCCACUUUCUGUUCAGUUUUUGUUAACUUUUACUGCACUGCCAUCUAGUGGUCUUAGACUGCAAAGGAAAUUUACCCCCAGUUUAAUUAAUUUAUUUAGUCGCAGUGAGUACAGUUAGAGUCAGUCUGUUCAGUCAUAUUUACAUUAAAGAAAAUAACAAUCCAAUCAAAACAGAUUCAAAACUCAAAUUCAGGACAUCAAAUAAUCAAAAAGUUCAGGUGACUGCAUUAAAUCAUUUAGUUUCCAGCAACAGGCAACAAACUGGAUGAGCUGCAGACAAAUGCUUAUAUUUCUCAUAUCUGUGGUUUUAUUUCUUCUUGUUUUCUCUGAUUAUGCAGCAAUGCAUAUUCAAUGAUUAUGCAUUAUUGAUUUAUUCCUGACUGAUUUACUAAUUUAUUCCUUAAUACUUCACUGAAAUUAUGCUUUGUUAUCAUUGUGUGUAUUUUUAAAUAACUUUAAUAAUAAUAAUGAAUGAAUGAAAUUAGCCAAAUUACAAUAGGUUUAUGUUAAAACUCUAAAACCUGAUAAAAUGUGUUGUGUGUAUGUUUCUCAUCUUUUCUUAGAUAAAAACCUUUUAAACUACAUUUGAUAACUGAGCUUAUGGUACUUUUUAAUAAUUAGGAUCAAUUUAAAUGUAUGCAUGUAUAAUUUUUUUUGUAAAGUGUCUUGAGACAAUAUUUGUUGUGAA